AUGAAUUAUGAACAUAAGCAAAGAAAAAAGGGCCCUCAAAAGGGUUUUGUAAGAAAAAAAAACCAAAUUAACUCAGGAAUAGACAUUUGGUCAUGUAUCGAUUCGGUUGACCCUCCAAAAGAACAUUAUUCUUUGGAAGUUUUAUUGAACCCUUGCAAUGACCCACAAUAUUCCUCUAUUUGUGUCGACAAAUGGCGGGAGAUAUAUACACCAAAGAUGCUACUAGAGCUUUGCGGCAAAGAAUUUUCAAGCCACUGGCACGUUGAAGUUAUGGACCAAUCAAUCAAAUUAUUUAUUGCCAACCAAACUGCAAUUUUUGAUCAUAUCAAUACCUGGCUCUGCAGUUCAAGUCAUACUGUUGAAUACCGUAAAAAAAUGGGCAUUGAAAAAAGAAAUUGGCCUUUGAGCGAUAUUGAAAAGGCUAAAAUUUUAUUUGCUCUUUUAAAUGCUGCAGGUGAACCAUAUAUUGGGUUUAAAAAACGUGUCUUCUAUAAAGAUCUUGGAAUUUAUGAACCAGCAAAAAUAUUAGAAUAUUACUCUGAGAGAUACAAAAUUAAUAAAAAUCGGAUUGAAAAUAUCUGCACACGAAUGUUGACGACCAGAGGCAAGCGUAAUAAAUUCCGUCAUGGGUUUCAAACUGAUAAAGAAUGGAGAAUUGAUCAACUAAAAAUGUGGGCUGCUAAAAUUAAGGAAGGCUUAUUUCAAAAUGAUCCUAUUGAAUUAAACAAAAGGCAAGAAAAGGCCCAAGAGCUGUUGAAUUUUUUUGGAGAUCAAUCUUUCUUAGAAUCAACUCGCCCACCCGAGGUUUUUUUUCGAGCAGUUUUUAGAAAACCUGAAACACCAGAGGAAUUUGCAAUACGUGAAAAAACUACGAAAUAUUACACGACACUGGCAAAUUUGGAUCCUGAAAAUAUUGAAACAUCUUUUUCGUCAUUAGAAGAGUCUAUUUAUGGACCUAACCCGAUUGAAGAAUCAUUGGAGGAAAGUACUGAAAAAGUUGAACCGAUUUUUCCACCAGACAGCUUUGAUUCUUCUUAUGAGAAUGAACUUCACCUUAAUGAUGAUAACUCCGAUGCCAAUGAUAGUGAAAUUGAAUUUAACAAUAAUAUCGAUUUCCAUGAAGAAAACUUACGCGAACUUUUUAAUAAAAACUUUCAUUUAAAAGAGGAUGUAGUUAGCAUCAUUGAAAAGACUUGGGCUAAUAACCAAUCUACUUUUUCUGAAAAAAACGACCUACAGCAUAUGGAAACACCAGAAUCAAGCUUCUGUAAUACGGACAAACCUCAAAAUUUUGAACCCAAAACUUUUUCUGAAGAUGAAGUUUCUGAGCUUUUGUCUUCAGUUGCUAAGAUGAUUCUCCUUCGUUCUAAUAAGGCUUCUGAUAUUGGAAGGCUUCCAGCUAACAAAACUAAGAAAAGAUAUGCAAAUGAUUUUUGGACUAGGCAACCCCAAUUAAGAACUCUUCGCAAAGGUUUUCUUCAAUCCAUAGAGGAAGAAAAAAUAUUGCAGGCACGUUUUUCUGUUCUUAAUACUCUUUGUCUUAUGUUUGAGUCUGAUGAAACUUUAUCUUUUAAACAAGCAUCUAAAAAGAUUUUAGUGCUUUCAACAUCCUUAGGUCAAUCUAGCACUUUCACUAAGGAGGUUUUGGGCAUGAUAGAGAAAAUUUGCAAUUUGACUUUCCAAACUGGAAAACUUAACCCAAAAUCUGAGCCAGUUCUUGCUUUUACUAAAAAUCCAAAAGAGGCAACAAAAGUAGGAAUUUUUUCUAAAACAAAUAGUGCACUAAAAGGAUGUCCCAUUCCAAUCCCUGGAGAAAAUCUUAAAGAGUUAUUUCCUAAUGCCAAAUUCAUUGACUUUCCCAAUGUCGAAAUGUUCCGUCGUGGCGACUGGACUACAGGCGAUGAAGUUGUUGAUUUUUGCGCCAAUGGAUGUAUGGCCUUUACAGGUGCAUACUAUGAAUUAGCUGAAUGUAUUCAGUGUGGGCGUCCGCGUGAUCCCAAGCAUCGAUUUUAUUAUUUUUCACCUCGUGAAAAAGUUAGAGACUUUUUUGAAAGUAAGAUUUUGUCUAGGAUAAUGAAAGAUGCUCAUAAACGACAAAGUACUGACGGCUCAAUAAAUGAUUUUUUUGAUGGAAAGCUUUAUAAACUCCUUUCACAAAAAAAAAUUCAAAAUGCUCAAUUAGGGGAAGAUUAUCAAGAAACUAUAUCACUAAAGUAUUUUGAAAAUGAAGCCGAUUUAGCAUUUAUGAUAUCAUUUGAUGACGUACCAGAGAGGCCUGGAGAUAAUCCCUACAGCAUUGUCAUUGCCAGAUGCUUAAAUUUACCACCGGAAGAGCGCAAUAAGGAGUCAAAUUCAAUAAUAUUAAUGUCUUUUCCUUCUGGUGUUAAUCCUAUUGCUAAAAAAGAGAAAUCAGCUGUAAAGGACUGGGAUUCAUUUCUUUUCCCUUUUAUUAAAGAUAGUGCAUUAGCCAGUACAUUAGGGUACACAGUUUAUGAUGAGGACGAAGGGAUCAUGAGAACUGUUAGGCAUCAUUUUGUUUUAUCUAGUACAGAUAUGCCGGCAAGCUGCAAGUUGUCAGGGUUGUGUGGGCACAUAUCUGAAUCACCUUGCAGAUAUUGUCUUGAUGUAAAAAUAUCUACACAGUUAGAGCCCACCCCCAAUAUUGUUCCUCCUCCUACCUUAAGAAAAGGGUCGGCAUCCAAGAAAAAGUCAAAAAUUAAAUCAGCUUUCAGAGUCAACAAAAACAAAUCUUCAAAUCGAGUUAAAGGUUUGGUUUCAUAUAAAAAUCCUACUUUGAUUUUGCCUAAAACUCAGACAUCUCAGGACUCCAAACCUCGUGAUAUUAAGUGGUAUAAUAAGAUUUAUAGAGAAGUCUUAAAUGAGGAAGCAAAAGCUGCCCCAGAUCGCAACAAAUUCACUAAACAGGGGUUAAGCCGAAUUUCAACGAUAUUCUGUUUAGGGUCAAUGGUACCUGAUAUGUCAUUACCGCCUGAUUUGAUGAAUUUAUCGUACGCAAACAUUGGAAGUCAACUUAUAAAUACUAUUAUUUUCGGUAAAGAUGGCCCUUCUAAGUUUAAAUCAAAGGGAGAAAAUUCUAUCGUCAGUUUUAUAGAAGGUCUGAAUAAAUUAGACUACUCAUUUCUUGAAAGAAGAUUUGAUAUUGAGGCUAUAAAAAAAGGGAUUGAAACUUCAAAUUCAGUGAAUUUAAAAGAAAAGCAAGUCAAACAACUUAUUUCUUUUUUGUUUGGAAUUGUUAUGAGGUCUCAAUAUCAAAUUGAGUGUCUUGAAUACCUGAUUCUUGUCACAGAAAUGGUACAUCUUUUAAGAUUACUUUCCUUGCCAAGAUUUUCAGCAAAUCUACUGAAAAGGUUAGAACUUGGAAUUGAUCCUUUUCUUAACUUUGUUGAGAAUAUUUAUUUAAGAGAUGUUGAAAAUCUACACUUUUUGUCAUUACCUUUACAUACAUUGCGGCAUAUGGCCCAGGUGAUUCAAGAAGUUGGUCCAGUUAGAGCGAUAUGGUGUUUCGCUAAUGAAAAAUCUAGUGGAAUUUUGAGAUCUCAAGUAAAAUACGGAAAGGCUCCUCAUAUCACUCUUUCUAAUCGCUAUAUUUAUCAAUCAACACUUAAGAAUCUUGCCAACUCAGUCAAUGAAAUUUCAAUAGGUGCCAAGUUGCUUAAAAACCCUAAAGCUAAGCCAAAGUCUUCGAUAGAAGACCCAAGGCAAUUUGAAGUGAUUGAAAUGAUCACGAAAUAUCUUGAAAAUGAUGAGCGAACUCUAGCAGCUUGUGAUAAAUCUCGUAAUUACAAUGUUAAGGCUAAGUUUUACAAAAGGAUCCUUUUUUUUCAAAGAGACCUUUCUGCGUACAUUAAUAAAUAUGCACGGAUCAGAAAUAAAAACAACUCUUCUAGUCAUGUAAUGAUUGAAGAUAUUGUUGAAAUUAACCCUUUGGGUCCUGGAAUUCUCACCAAGUUUGCUGUGGUAAAGGACUUUCAAAAGGGUGUUGUGAAGCCUCGCUAUUACAACCUGCAAUUUUUUGGAAGCAGUGAUAAAAGUAGUGGCUAUUCGAUUAUUGGUUAUUACAUUGACAGUAAAGACUUUGUUCGUGAGCCAUCAAAAUUUUUUUCACCACUCUCUCGUGUUAUCGAAGUUAGAGAUGUUAUAUGCCCUGUUUGGCCCAUUAAUGAUGGAGAGUUAUCGAUAUUUGUAGACCCAUCAUUUGUGGAGGAAUACCAGAGAAGCGAUGGUACGAUAGCCAGAAUUGAGGAAUAUGAUGAUGAGGAGGAUUUUAAUCAUGUUUGUAAACAGUAUAUGGAUAUUUAA